UCACAUAACCCAUCCCCUCUCCUCCAAGUAGACCCUCCAUUGAUGCCCUCAACGUUUCACCCAGCGAACUAGAGAGAAGGAGAGCAAGAGAGCGCCAUAUUAAAUAAAACAGUCCAGGACGAGGCCUCUUCUUCUGGCUGUCCCUCCCGGGUUUUCCGUGGGUCAACCCUUCCCCCUCCCCCACCCCUCAUAUAAAGAAAUAGAACGCAGUAGCUCCCCGGUCCAACCCCGCCGCGAACCGGCUGGUCCCGACUCCCUCCGGCGAGAAAGAAAACGAAGGACCGUUAAAGACGCGAGCAGAGUGGCACUUCGAAAUUUAGUGGACGCACACCUGCCAUUUCCGGCACCAAGCUGCACCAAAAGUGACCACCAAAUGAGAUCCAAAUCACCAUGUACUCCCAUGACGUCUCCUUCGCUGUUGGUCAUUCUCUUCUCCCUUCUCUUCUUCUUGCAACGUGCCCGUUUGGCUCGGUGUCAGCCAUUAACUUCUGCUGUCGAGCUCGGCGCGCUUUAUAGCUUGCGUUCCUCUCUCGGCCUCCGCGCACGGGACUGGCCUCGCCGGGCCGACCCUUGCUCCAAGUGGACAGGUGUCCUUUGCCGGUCCGGCCGGGUCGUUUCACUUAACCUCUCUGGCCUCCGUAGAACCCGGUUCGCCCGGCGCAACCCCCGGUUCGCCGUCGACGGCCUCCAGAAUCUCACUAAUCUCGUCUCUUUUAAUGCCUCCGGCUUCCUCCUCUCCGGCCCCUUCCCCGACUGGUUCGGCUCCCGCCUCCCGCCUUCCCUCGCCGCCCUCGACCUCCGCUCUGCCGCCGUCUCCGGCGUCAUCCCCGACUCCCUUGGCCGCGUCGCCGGUCUCUCCGUGCUCUCGCUUGCUGGGAACUCCCUCACUGGCGACAUCCCGCCAACUCUUGGCGGCCUCCGGCUUCUCACCCACCUCGACCUCUCCCACAACUCCCUCACCGGAUCCAUCCCACCGGCGCUCGCCGCCCUCGCCAACCUCUCCCAUCUCGAUCUCUCCUCCAACUACCUCGCCGGCGAAAUCCCACCGGCUCUCGGGACGCUUUCGAACCUCAAAACCCUAAUCCUCUCCAAUAAUAGCCUCACCGGAUCGGUUCCGCCACAGCUCGGUAAUCUUUCUCUCCUCGUCUCCCUCGAUCUCGGCUUCAAUUCCCUCUUAGGUUCUUUGCCGGAGAGCCUCUUCUCCGGCGCCUUUCGAUUCCGGUCCGUCGUACUGAGGCGCAACAACUUUUCUGGCGGUCUUCCGGAUUCACUGUGGUCUCUACUGCCAGAAUUGGAGCUUCUUGAUGUCUCCAACAAUAACCUCACCGGCGAACUUCCCAACCGCGUGCCUGGCAAUGCCAAUGCCACUGGUGGAGUGUUCGAUCUCUCAAACAAUCUUUGCUAUGGAUCAAUCUCUUCUGGAAUCGAAAUUCUUUUCCAAAGAUUCAAAUUUGUCGACCUUUCGAAUAAUUAUUUUGAAGGAACAGUAUUGGCCGGUGGCCUGAGUAUGAAUACCUCUUUCGCAAUGAAUUGCUUCCAAAAUGUUUCAAAUCAGAGGAGCACACUUGAAUGUGAGAAGUUCUACAUGGAAAGAGGUAUAACUUACGAUGGCGCCGUUCCCCCGGAUCCAGCCUCAGCUCCAUCCAGCAAUAGGAAUUGGAGGUAUAUAUUGGCAGGGGUACUUGGGGGGCUAGCACUUGUCUCCAUUUUGGUUUCAGUUCUUGUGUUAUCCUUGGUCAGAAGAGGAGCUCAUUCUGCUGAACAGAGGGGCAUCACUGCCAAUGUAGUUCCAUCUGGGAGGGUGGCGCAGGAGCCGCCUUCUUUAGGGGUCACAGAUAAAUUGUCUGCUGUGGGGGAUGCCUUCACAUAUGAGCAGUUGCUUCAGGCAACAUCAGAGUUUAGUCCCCUGAACCUUAUCAAGCAUGGGAACUCAGGAGAUAUAUACUAUGGUGUUUUAGAGGAUGGGGCUUCUGUGGUCGUGAAGAGGAUCAAUGUGCAGACUUUGAUGAGGGAAGCAUAUGUUAUGGAGUUGAAUUUGUUUGCCAAGGUUUCGCAUGCAAGAUUGGUCCCAUUCCUUGGCCACUGUUUGGAGAAAGAGGAUGAGAAGCUUCUUGUAUAUAAGCUUAUGCCAAAUGGGGACCUGUCUAGUGCUUUGUAUACGAAAUCUGGGAGGGAAGAAGAAGGGCUACAGUCUUUGGAUUGGAUAAAGAGGUUGAAGAUUGCAAUAGGGGUGGCUGAGGCCUUAUGUUUUCUUCAUCAUGAGUGUACUCCACCUCUGGUUCAUAGAGAUGUUCAAGCAAGCAGUAUCCUUCUAGAUGAUAAAUAUGAAGUGCGACUUGGAAGUUUAAGUGAGAUGUGCACUCAGCAAGGAGAUGGCCAGCAUGUCUUCACUAGGAUGCUGAGAUCAUCACAGCCAUCUGAGCAAGGCGUCUCUGGCUUUCCUGGUGCAACAUGCGCCUAUGAUGUAUACUGCUUUGGGAAGGUGCUUUUGGAGUUGGUUACUGGCAAGCUUGGCAUCAGUGGUUCUGACAGUCCUGCCAUGAAUGACUGGCUGGAUCACACACUGACUUACAUCAGUUUAUUUGAGAAGGAGCUGGUGACCAAGAUCAUGGACCCAACUCUUGUUGUGGAUGAAGACCACCUCGAGGAGGUGUGGGCAAUGGCCAUUGUAGCAAAGUCAUGCUUGGACCCAAAACCUUCCAAACGACCACUUGCCAGGUACAUUCUGAAAGCUCUUGAGAACCCGCUAAAAGUCGUGAGGGAGGAGAGCCAUUCCAAUUCUGCUCAGCUUAGAACUACAUCAUCUUGGGGUUCAUGGCGCAACGCCUUGUUUGUAAGCUGGCGAAACAGCUCCUCAGACCUUGCUAGUCGGAAAUAUUCAGCCACAGCAAGGUCUCAAGGGAGUGGAGGAGACCACUCAUUUUCAUGCAGGAGGACAUCAAGGGAGAUCUACCCUGAACCAUUAGGGUUGGUAGGCGAGUUUGAUGAAUAGAUAGAAGGUUUUCUGGUUUAUCAAGUGUUGGAUAAUAUUUGAUUGGCUGGCUGGUUGUUCGAGUGCCUGCCACCUCUGGGUGUUUGUUCUGCAGUCCUUGCUCCGAGCACUUACUCGAAGUAGGCAUGGCGCAAUUCAUUGGAUUAUGGGGCAAUGCUUCACUUCCAACACGUUUGGUGGAGGAAGAGUACUGUCGUUCAGCAAUUCAGAGUUUUGCGGUUGUAUGAUCAGCAAUGACAGUGAAGUGUAGAGAUACAAGUAGUUUCAUCAUGUGCAGUUUGGUUUGUUUCAAGGUAAAGCACAAACUGCAAUGCUCUCUGUUGUAAUUUAUUCCUCAUUUGUUUCAUUCAUGAGUGAUGUCAAUUUGGUGACGGAGUCGUUUUAUCAAAGGCUUUCUCCUAUCUUCUAUGUUUGCAUAA